GAAUCGCAAAAGUUCUUCUCACCUGGAUCUUUGAGAAGGUAAAGCAAAUCUUCCCUCCCCCGACAUGGAUUACCGUGAAAUAGCCAGAAAUGGGUCUCUGAAGCCGGGAACAACGCAUUAAAGAUCACGGAAACGUUACACAAUAUGCAGGCUUCGGAAUCUCGGACCUGUGAUCUGGAUCUGGAGGAUGGAAUUUUUCUGGCGAGUGAUAGGGCGUGCCAUGGAGUCAGCAAGAAGGCUUUGUUCCAAUUCUGGAAACCUUCCAGCCGCACUAGUCCCUUUCCUUUUUUUUUUUCUUCUCCAUAACUUUGCCUAACUGUCCUUUUCCUCCUUGCCGCCCUACAUCUGCCUUCCAGCGACAAAUCUCCAAGCGACGAACAAGAGCCUUACCUCCUUGAAAAAUUCCCUGCGUGCCCCUAGAAAAGGCUCGCUCAUUAGUACCAAACGCGCAACCUUCAUCUCUAUGGAACCUCUGGUCAACAGACAAUCAAAGACCCUUUUCUCUCAGCCAGUCGAGUUCGCCAUCCAAAUCCAAGCCGGUACGUGCAUUCCCUUCUCUAGUUCUCUAGUGUAUCUCCCUUGCCUAACCCCAAGCUUUCUUGCAGGUCCGACGGACAGUUUCAGUGCCAGGGAUUAACGCAACCACAUACAAAUGGCUUUGCUUAACUUCCCUGAUGAGCUAUUGCUCCUUGUAGCGGAGAACCUACAGGAUGCUCGCGACCUCAGCUCUUUUCUCAAGACGAACACUCGCCUCGCCUUUGCCUUGUCUCCGCUCCUCUGCAAGCUCGCAGCAGCCCCCGAGUAUGCUACUACGGCUCUAUACUACGCUGCGGCGAACGGAGACGCGGAUAUGGUGCAGAACAUUCUUGAGAAAGGGGCUACUAUCGAGUUGGCUGGAUACAAGAAUGGUGAUUUGGAUGGCGAAAAGACUGGUGAUGAAGAGAAAAAGUGCUUGAAAGAUAUGGUGGAUUUUGUUGUUGAGAAAGGGGCCGACCUUGUCCUCGGUAGUAACGGCACCGGAGAGUUCCGCGCAAUCAACUGGGCAGCGUGGACCGGAAAUGUGGCCAUGACGAAAUUCUUGGUGUCUAAGGGUGCGGAUAUCACCUUCGCUCCCACGAUUUGUGACGAGAGUCUUCUCAGGGACGCCAUUAAGGGUAGCAAACUUGAGAUUGUCGAAUUCCUUCUUGAUAACGGCCUCAGCAUGGAAAUCACGGAUUCCUUUGGAGGGACCGGACUACACGUCGCAGCCCAAAAGGGUCAACUCCCGAUAGCCCAGAUAUUGAUGGACCGUGGCAUCAAUAUCUCUUCCCGAAACAGUGACGGGGAAACUGCUCUCCAUUGCGCUGUCGCCAUUGGCAAUGUAGAAAUGGUUGAGCUCCUCCUCCGUAACAAGGCAAACCCCAAUAUCGAAGCCAAGUAUGGAGACGACACCUUACCUCUACACAUCGCCGCGGAGAACCAAGGGCAUGAUAUCGCUCGCCUCCUCCUUUCUCACGGUGCGGACAUCAACGCUGUGAAUUCAAACGGCCGAACUGCUCUCAGUUUCGCGGUCUCGGCUGAAGACGAGUGGAUGGUCAAAUUCCUCAUCGAUAAAGCUGCCGACAUUGGACUCGGCGAUGACCACGGUGUCGCACCUUUGCACAUAGCCUGUGAGAAGCCGGAGGUGUCUAUGGUUGAACUGCUCCUUGACAACGGCGCCGACAUCAACGCUCAGGACGAUGACCUCUGGACCCCGCUUCAUUGGGCUGGUCAACACGUCAACAUCAUCAACCUUCUCGUGGAGAGAGGCGCUAACGUCACGCUUAAAGAUAAAUACGACCGCACACCUCUCGACCGUGCGGGCGAUAAUGAAAAGAUUUGCGCAAUUUUGGGAAAGGCUGUCAGAACAGGCUGUCUUGAUGUUUAGACUUUUCCUUUUUUUUUCCUUGUUUUCCCUUUUUUUCUUUUGGGUUUACAUAGAUUAGAACAUCGGGCGAGAUGACGUUAUUACGAUGAUGACGGAUAAGUUAGACUAUAGGUUAAACUCUCGGGGAGCUUGCUUUUGGGUUACCGCACCGUUACUGCUUUAAUUUUUAUUUCUAUUCCUUUGCUUUUAUUCUCGGUCAUAAAUUUCUGCCCGCCUGUUUCCUUCCCUUCCCGUUAUUUUAGAUGCUCACCAUAGAACACCACACAGGGCCCGAUAGAGGUUAGAUUCAUGUACCUAGACGUUGGAAGAACAAAAGUAUUUCACGAUAGAUCCCAUGCUCAGACUCCAGGAGUAACUCGAUCUUUCUGACGCAUAACAACCCACAGUAAAGGUCCUGGUCGAAGUCUCCUUUGUUCGUUCUGUCAUGUUAUAUCGAGUUGCACCGUGGGAUUAAUCUUUAAUCAGUACAAGAUGGUCUAACCCAAAUCCGAAUACGUACCCAAAGACCGAUCCGUAGACCAUACUUUCCCGCAAUAGUUUUCGGCUGCGUUUACCGUCUUUCUGACCCGGGGGACACACCAUCAUCACACUUUAUCACUCUAGUUUUUUUUUCUCACUGUUGAAUAUAUUAGAACGAUUGCGUAUAAGAGCUGGGAACAUCCGCAGGUAUACGCAACUACUUAUGUGCCCCUGAUACCUAGCACACAGGUCUGCACCUUAUGUUUGCUUUCUUUCCUUUCGUUUCCUUCUUUCCUUCCUCAACAAUUUUAUCAUAUGAAGCCCGAUCCGCUCCUUCUACCAUCAAUUCACAUCUCACCCUUUCUCUGUUUUCUCACCUUGCUCUCUCACACCACUCUUAGAUAAUAAGAUCAACUCUACUCUC